GCUUUCUUCCUUCUAAUCACUUUUUUCCCUCUAACCCAUGUUCAAAUUUGCGAAUGAUCCAUUUGAAUAUGUUGCACCUUCUGUAUGUAUUGGCGUGGUGUUAUCAAUGAUACUGGGGCCUAUGUACUUUCCUCGAAUCUGGAUUCUCUUUUUAGCUGGGUACUUUAUGAUAAUCUUCGGAACUCAAUUCAACCAUUUAUUUCAAUUUUACAAAACGUCGACAAAGAUCAAGCGAACGAUUAAUAAAGACCAAGAUAAUAUAACAAAUCAUAUCAUCACGGAAAUGGAGUCUUGCUUAGCUUUUGAUGAUUUGGUGCACGCUAUUGUGGUACCAAAUUAUUCUGAGCCCGAGGCAUUAAUAAAAGACACAAUAAACCGUAUUGCCAUACAUAAGAAAGCCCGAACAAAUUAUGUGCUUGUUCUAGCUAUGGAGGCAUCCGAACUAUUUCACACGACAAAAUCAGAUCAUCUCAAAGAGUAUUUUAACGACAAGUUUCUUGAUUUUAUUGUCACCAAUCAUCCAUCCGAUCUUCCCGGUGAAGCUAGAGGUAAAGGAUCUAAUAUCAGUUAUGCCGCUAGAAAAGCAUGUGCCGAGUUGAUUCAAAAGGGCAUGGACAUAAAAAGAAUCAUGAUCACAAUUGCGGAUUCAGACUCGCACAUACCUGAAUUAUACAUGACUGAGGUUGAAAGGGAAUUCAAAUUUACAGAAGAUCCUUAUUUUAAAGUAUACGCACCUCCUAUCUUUUUCAGCAGAAAUUGUUUCAAUGUUCCUGCAGCAGUUAGAGUUACAGAUAUCACAUGGUCUUCCAUGAUGAUGGCGAAUUUAAGUGGUAGUCGAGGUAUUGGAUUUCCCUGUUCAACAUACAGCUUAAGCUGUGUGUUGGCUGACAAAGUAGGUUAUUGGGAUACGGAUGCAGACGCUGUUGGUGAGGAUAUGCACAUGACAUUGAAAUGUAUAUUCAAGACGCAAGGACGUGCCCGCAUGGUACCCAUCUUUGUGCCUAUCAAUUUGAUGAAUGUCGAAACCGAAGGUUACCUUAGUAAUUUAAAUGCACGAUUUGUUCAAGCUAAGCGGCAUUAUAACGGUGUAGCUGAUGUCUCUUUUACACUUCGUAACGCGCUAAAUUUAUUACCAACAUGUUGCACAGAUAGUCAUUAUAACUCAUUUGAAAAGAUGAUUAUUGUACUCAAAGUGUUUGAAACGCAUUUUGUUCCAGUAACAUCAGGGUGGAUUAUGUUUUUAUCGGUGCCUCUGAUGAAAAUUGUGUUUAGCUUUGAAAACCCUAUAAUGGAUUCCAGUUUUUACAUGCACGUUUGGCAUAUUUUGAAACUCACUAGUGUAUUUUUACCUGUGCCACUAUUCUGUACACUCUUCAUCUAUGAAAACCUGCACCGGUUUAUAGAUCUGGAGUUCUUAAACAAGACCAAGCAAGAAAGCCGGACGUGGAUAAAUUACUUUGAUUAUAUCAGCAUGCCAGUGGCUGCUUGGUUGUUCAUGACAGUGCCUUCCAAUAUCGCCUCUUGUAAACGGCUUUUUAAAUCAAGAGAUCAGUAUAUUGUGGCUGAGAAAAUAUUUCAUGAUUCAUUGUAAUAAAAACACAUUAAAAUAUGUCCGGAAAGUGGCUAAAGUUAUAAACUAUACCACGUUCCAGAGCCUAAAAUUAC